GUAGUCUAGAAAUUAUACACUGAAGCGUGUGAUAAUACUUUAACGUAGGUACCUUAGCACCUCUUUAUGACCAGUCUAUUACACCUGUUGCGGGUUUGCAUAGUUUGUAAAGAAAAUCACAAGUGGUGAAUUAGUUCCAAGAAUUCUCAAUUGCUAAUUCAUCCCCUCCCUCAUUUCCAUGCAUUGUAAAGUUCUGUGAAACUGUUUGUAUACAACACGUAGCGUUUAACUAAAUGCAUAGCAUUUUCUCAACUCGAAAGAUAAGUUUAUCGCAAUGCAUCUGCUUGCUUCUGCUAUCUUAUUUCAGACAGUAACACAACAUGUUGGCUAUUUUUCGUGUUCGGUGGAGUCACAUUUGCUCAAAGCUGAACAAUUCUCGUCAAUUUUGGUCAGAUGAAGGACCCUGUGGUGAUUGCUUCUGGUUGCUGGACUUGAUCACGCUGAUUGGAGGAAGCAAAAGUGCAACCACGAUCAGGUUCAAUAGGGGACAUUAUAUUCGUUACCUCAGCAAUUCCCUAUUUGCAUAUCAAGCUUUCGUAUUCGCUGCUCAACCAGAGGGACGACAUAACCGUUGUCGUUUUCGAAUGUUUGAAACUGUUCAUCUACUUUGUCACAGUUUCAAAGAUGAUCAUGUUCUCACAUCUCCAAAAACCGAUUGCAGCCGUAAGGAUUUUUGUUAUCGGAAACAGUGUGAACUCCGGUAACAAAGAUUUCGACGAGCAUGAGCAACGAAUCAUCAAUCGUUUCGUUCGAACAAUGAUGAAGUUUUCGAUUGGCCUGAUACUUGCAAAUGUUGUAGCUUUUUUGGUGCCAAACUCGGUUGCGGAAAAAGCUCUCGGAUUACCACCUCUGCUGCAGGGACUCGGACAACCAAUGUCGAGCAUUCUGCGCUGUCUUGCCAUAACCUGUAUGCCCCUUGUAAUCGUACCCAGGUUUUUGACAAGUUUUGCGACCGUUGCCACUCUGCUUCUGGGAAUGCGGGCGAAACUCAGAAUGCUAGGUUAUCGAUAUGCUCAGAUAUUGGUUCGAUCAAGAAGAGACGCGGAGUACUCAUUGGGGCGCAUCAACCGUGAUAUGAGGGAAACCUCGAAUCAGCAAAUGGAAUAUUGGAGUGUAUUGAGCGCUCUGAAGGAUUUAGUUGAAAAAAUGUUUUUCCUGGUCCAUUACUCAGCAAUUUUCACCGUCGGUGCAUUCCUGUUCAUUGCUCAACACACAGGAGUGAACUUAUUCUCAGCAUCGCUUGCAUCCGGGGCCGCUUUUUUCUUGACGGAACAUUUCAUUCAGUGCCGCUUGGUUGAUACUCUUCAGGAUGAGGUCGACUUCAUAAGUGAUGUAAUUUACGAGCUGUGUGCAAAACUACCAUACAGUGAAGAUCAGCACGCGGAGUACGUUCAUGUGAGAUCGUCAUUGAUGAUCAUAUCGAUGAACACGAGCAGCGGCGUAUCGAUGAGUUGCUUCGGUAUCUUUGAGAUUUCAACAUUGACAUUUGUUGAUUUGGCUAACACUGCUUAUAUGGUGUUGACUUUUCUCAUAAGUAUUGGUUGAGUUACGAAGCUACGAGCUUCUGUCUUAAGAUGUUUCUUCACCUAGAUUUACACAGUUAAAAAAAAAACCUGUUAAAUUAUGAUGAUUCGAAUGUAACACGACCAAAGUUCCCACCGAAGUUGGUUGCCCGAUCUUCCCUAACUUGCUUACUUUCAAUCCUGGACACCCACGGUGGUGCAGAGGGCUGAAUUGUGAGAUUUCCAUCCUGGACGAUUGCCAGCCAUCGCCUUGACCUGUGGCCAGGUCAAAUUUUUAUCGACUUGCUUGAUUUCGUUUUUUUCCCUUUACUAUUACUUUAGAGCUUUUAGUAGAACUUGUUACUUCAGACUCUAGUUUAAUUUAAAAACACUUCACUUAUACUUUACUUUUGCAAAAGAAAAUAAAAAAUGAAUAACUCUUUUAAAGAAAAACUAGAAAGGACGAGCAAAUUCCUUUUAAUUCUACUACUGUGCUUAUCUUCGGACAGAUAGGCCUAUUUCGUCUGUGACUUACAGACUUCUUCAGUGUCAAGUGCUCGAC